UGUUUAGCAUGGCGAGCAAUAGAAAUGAUAAUAGUUCUAUUCGUUGUCGUAAAAAUAUUGAAAAUACGCACUCAACACCAGGGGAAGUUGAAUCGGUGCCAAAGAGAACAUUCAAUACAAGUGAAACACGAUCAGAUCAUCGAGAAAAUAGAGUUUCAUCUGGCACAUACUGGCUCACGAGGAUUGUCUUUCUCCGCUCGCUGGCCUUUGUUUAUUUUUUUGCAUUCCUUGUGGCCUUAAACCAAAAUAAACAAUUACUUGGAGAUGAUGGACUUCUACCAGUACCCAACUUUCUUAACAAAGUCAGAAAUUACUUUGGAGGAACAUUUGGAUUAUCAACAUUCCAAGCAGUACCAUCAUUGCUAUGGGCUGUAAACCCAGCAAAUAUUAACCAAUAUUUGGAUAUGAUUGCAUACUGUGGAGCAUUAUUGUCAUUGUUUGUAUUCUACACUGGUUGCUGUAAUAUGGUUAUUAUGCUUAUAUUAUGGAUACUGUAUCAUUCAUUGGUCAAUGUUGGACAACUGUGGUAUUCUUUUGGUUGGGAGUCGCAAUUAUUAGAGACAGGAUUUCUGGCCAUAUUCUUAUGUCCUAUUUUAAAACUCCGUCAAAUCCCUGAACAGACGCCGACAUCGUGGGUAGUUAUCUUUGGCUACAGAUGGCUUAUAUUUAGGAUCAUGUUUGGUGCUGGAAUGAUAAAAAUCCGUGGCGAUCAGUGUUGGCGAGAUUUGACUUGUAUGAAUUACCAUUAUCAGACUCAACCAGUUCCUAAUCCGCUCAGUUAUUAUUUCCAUCAAUCGCCUGAAGUUUUUCACAAAUUUGAAACCCUCAGCAAUCAUUUCAUUGAGCUCGUUGUUCCUUGGUUCCUGUUGCUUCCUGGUCGACUUACAGUCGUCUGUGGCUUUCUUCAAAUUAUUUUCCAGGUCGUACUCAUAUUCAGCGGUAAUCUUAGUUUCCUCAACUGGCUGACAAUCCUUCCCAGUAUAAUGUGCUUUGAUGACAAAGCACUCGCCUGGUGUUUCCCAGUCUCAUCGCAUGCACGAAGACAAGUGUGCAAACUACAGAAAUUACAUCUUGAUGGAAAUUCACGGAGGCCUUCAAAAGGUCUCCGAAUACGUUGGAUUAUGGACGUAUUUCUUGGUCUACUUUUGGCGUAUCUCAGUAUACCAGUUGUGCAGAAUCUAUUCUCAUCAAGACAAAUAAUGAACACAUCUUUUGAUUCUCUUCGUAUUGUUAACACUUAUGGUGCUUUUGGAAGUAUUACUAAAGAAAGGACGGAAAUCAUCAUUCAAGGAACGAGAAAUAAGACAAGUUAUGGCGAUAAUGUUAUAUGGGAGGAAUAUGAGUUCAAAUGUAAACCUGGAAAUGUGAGAAAACGUCCUUGUGUAAUAUCACCGUAUCAUUAUCGUCUUGACUGGUUGAUGUGGUUUGCUGCGUUUCAGAAUUACCAAAACAAUCCAUGGCUUAUUCACCUUUCCGCCAAGCUUCUUGUAAAUGAUCCUGAUGCUACUUCACUAAUUUCACACAACCCAUUUAAAAAUGGUCCACCACCAAGAUAUAUCCGUGCUGAACAUUAUCUUUAUGAGUUCACAAAGUUUGGCAGUCCAGAAGCCCGUGACGGCAAAUGGUGGUCAAGACGAAAGAUUGCAACAUACUUUCAUCCGUUUUCCAUGAAAGACGUAAAGGACUAUUUACGAAACCAGGGUUGGAAAAUCCCACGAAUCUAACCUCUAAUUUAUUUGCUCUUGAUGAAGUUAGUAUUACCAGCUAGAGAAGACAUCUCCCCAAAACCAUGGAACUGUUCGCACUAUAUUCAUUUUCUUGAAAGAUAAAAAAUGUUACUAGUUACAACAUAAUGGACCUUUUACAUAAUAGAGCAAUUUAUGAUUUAGGUAACAAGAAGCAAAUAAAUCACCACAGCUAAAAAGAGCAUGCAAAAUGUCACGUAGUACGGAAAAUAACAUAGCCAUGCGAAGUUAGCAAUUUUGUAUACUUAACGCUUAAUUUUACUAAUUUUAGUAUGCUCUUUUCGUAAAUUCCCUUUUCGUCCCCUAAAGCAAAAGGUGGUCUAUUAUGCAAAAGUCAGUUAAAAAUAAAACAAUGUUUCAUUUAAAAACAAGAAUUCUGUUUUGUAUCGAUACUGAUAGUAGAAGUAAAUGUAAUCUUUCAAGGUUUGAUGCCUGUCAUCUUUGAUGAUAUUUCGCCCACCAACUAAGCGGAGAAGCGGCUAGUUGAGCUCGCUUGAAUUUACAUGCAUUGCAAAUUUCCGCUACCAAAUCAAACGGUAACCAGGCUCUAACGCCUGCAGUCCUCAUAAACCACGUUGCAAUUAUCGGCGCGGGGCAUUGCCGGUGACCACUGACUAACAUGGAUUUAUCUGAAUAUAUUGUAUUCUGAAUUUUCCUCUUUAUUCGCCCCGACAAUUCGUCGUAAGCGAUAAAAAAGAACCAAGGCAUCUUUCUUUUAAGCGCCAAAAAUGGUCAAAUUCAUAUUUUGAAUUAAUUCAGAAAAAUUAAAUAUUUCGUUAGGAAUAUACGAUGAAACUGC